AAGUUGUUGAAGCUGGUUAUGUGGCACAUACAUGUAGUCCAAUGGGGACUAUUAUUGGUGUUCUUGGUUUAUUGGUUGCCAUCGCCAUCAUUGCUGUUCUUGCUUUCUUCGUCUUCAAGCUGCACAAUAAAAUCAAACAAUUGAACAGAGAAAAGUCUCUGUUACAAAAGGAUUCCAACAAUCGUAGUGGUACAAGUGUGAUGGAUGUUGCCUUCCUGCAAAGCCAAAAUGUUCCAUAUGAAGAAGUUGACUUUCAGACAAACACAUAUGUUCAGCUUAAGAGAGGUGAUGUUAAAGUAGAUAUU